GGUUCUCCAGACAGUUCGUAUGCGUUACUAAGGAGGGGGGAGAGAGGUUUCUGUAGUUCUUCUUCCCUCUUCAGCUGCGCCUUGAGGUGCAGGUCCAGAAAGAGGCGUUUCACGAUGAUGUUGGCAGUCUGAGGAAACAUGGGUGCUCAUUGCCAGGGCGGGUGUUUUUUGGGUUCUCGGUGUGACGUCAUUAGCUGUGUGUGCGUAUGGGGGGGGGGGGGGGGGGGGGUGCAGGGUUAAGGAGGCUGCUACUCGUUAAUCAUCAGAUCCUUCAAACGUGGUCAGGUUGUCGCUUUAUGAUUUUGGGUUGUUUUUGAUGAACCAUCUCAUGGUGAUCCAGACUCACGGCAGAGCAUCCGUCCAUCACUACAGCUGAGAAUGCACUGGGACAAAGCACUGCCGGCCCCCGGGCCCCCGCGGCCGUACCAGGGUGUGCGGGUGAGAGACCCCGUCAGAGAGCUGCUGAGGAGGAAGCGAGGCCUGGAGCAGCAGGACGGCCCCGGGACAGCACCCCCUGCUGUGGAUGCGUCUCCACACCAUAACCCCUCCCCCUACACACCAGUCAGUUGCUCUGGGUUCGGGGUCCAGAGUGGCGCCGUGGACAGAGGACGGGGUCCCGGCGGGGACUGGGCCGUCCAGCACCAGGGAGCCCAGCCCUUCCAGCCCCCCCAGUUCCUCCAGCCCGCCCCGGCCUGGUGCCCAGUGGACUGCGGCCAGCAGCACCUCCCCUCCGCCCCGGGCCCUCCGUCGUACCCGGGGUCACGAGGUCUGGCGGGGGAGGUGUACAUGAAGACCCUGGGCCCCAGCUACGCCCUGGUGGGACCUCCCCACACCCUGCUGACCUACACGCACGCCCCCCUCCUCACAGGCCUGGGGAUGGAGAGUCCGGACGCUGGGCUCACCUACUUCCCCUGGGGGGCCCCACCCCUUGCCUCCAUUUCCACCCUGCCCCCCCCCGCUGUUCAGCUGGCGGCCCGCUCUGUAUCCUGGCCCUGCUCCGCCCUGGUCCACAGGCCCCUGUCCGGCCCCGGCCCCGGCCCCGUGCCUGGGGCCUUUGUGAGUGCCACGCUGCCCAAAGCUGAGCUUUUCCAGGAGCCAGAGAGGUCGGCCUUUCCCCAGCCGGUCCGAGAGGACCCCAGCCCACACCGGCACCACCCAGACCUGGAGGCCUCGAUGGAGCGGGCCCCCGGGCCCCUUGAUCACCUGGUGGAGCAUGCCCCCGGGCCCCUUGAUCACCUGGUGGAGCAGGGCCCCGGGCCCCUUGAACACCUGGUGGAGCAUGCCCCCGGGCCCCUUGAUCACCUGGUGGAGCAGGGCCCCGGGCCCCUUGAACACCUGGUGGAGCAGGGCCCCGGGCCCCUUGAACACCUGAUGGAGCAGGGCCCCGGGCCCCUUGAACACCUGAUGGAGCAGGGCCCUGGGCCCCUUGAUCACCUGAUGGAGCAUGCCCCCGGGCCCCUUGAUCACCUGGUGGAGCAGGGCCCUGGGCCCCUUGAUCACCUGGUGCAGCAGGGCCCCGGGCCCCUGGAUCACCUGAUGGAGGCCUCGAUGGAGCAAGGCCCCGGGCCCCUUGAUCACCUGGUGGAGCAGGCUCCCGGGCCCCUUGAUCACCUGGUGGAGGCAGAGGUGAAGCAGGGCCCCGGGCCCCUUGAUCACCUGGUGGAGCAGGCUCCCGGUCCCCUUGAUAACCUGGUGGAGGCAGAGGUGGAGCAGGCUCCCGGGCCCCUUGAUAACCUGGUGGAGGCAGAGGUGGAGCAGGCUCCCGGGCCCCUUGAUCACCUGGUGGAGGCAGAGGGGGAGCAGGGCCCCGGGCCCCUUGAUCACCUGGUGGAGGCAGAGGUGGAGCAGGGCCCCGGGCCCCUUGAUCACCUGGUGGAGGCAGAGGUGGAGCAGGGCCCCGGGCCCCUUGAUCACCUGGUGGAGCGGGAGAUGGAGCCCAUGAACCCACUGGAGAGACUUCUGGAGGAGCCCGAUGAAGGGGGGUCAGGAAGGGGGGGUCCGGAGAGGUUCAGGAGCUCUCUGUUCUCAGUCCAUAUUUGACCCGUUGACCUAAAACCACUGGUAUUGUGUCAAUAGGUCGUAAUCAAUAUGAUGUACCCAACAUAUUACUAAAUGUAGUUAUUCAUGAAACUAAGAACUUGUUGGUAUCAUGACCCUUAAACAUUAUUUUUUUGAACAUGUGUUAUUCUGAGGUAUUCGGUAUGAUUAUUUGACCAAACUGGCGGAAAGUGUCUAAUCUAUAAAUGCAGAUUCCUUUUUUUUUAAGGGCACUGUACUACUAUCAUUUAUACACCACUAUAUAAUAUAUAUUAUCCACGAAAACUAGAGUAGCAGAUGUUUUUUGUUAAAUGGUUUCUUGUAAUCUUGUAAUUUUUAGUUUAAGCGUAAAAUCAAACGUGUGGUUAAAUUCAGCGUUGUUAUAUGUAGUGGUACAAAAUGCUAUGGAAAAUACUUCAAUGUUCAAUGUUUAAUGGCAGACAUAACUGGUACCUGUAUUUCUGUCUCUUUCUUUCGCCGUGUUUUGUUUAUCCAGGGUGGCAGAACACAAUGGCUCACAGACUAUUUUGUUAAAGUCCAAAAAAUAAAGAAUUAUCCAACUGCCA